AUGGCUUUUUUCUUGAUUUGGUCGCUGGAAAGAUGCUACCACUUUUUGCUACCCUUGGACAGCAUCAGUGCUGUGAACAAUUGGAUCUUUCUACCCCACCAUCGCAAUGGUACCAUUUGGGGAGAAGGGGGUGACGGGUUCUACGGUUUCUAUGGCCUCUGGUACCAAGAUGACCUUCGAUUCUAUACCAUUCGUAUUCACGUGUUUUGCGCCACCGUUUCGGGUAUCCUCGUUGCAAUGAAUUUGUUCUUUGGAAAAGAGCUCGCAACGACACGUAGAACCACAGGAAAACCUCAUCCAGGUGCCCCAAUCCACAAGACGUUGGGAUGGGUCACGGUAUAUCUUUCCGUGAUCAACUUGGUAACCAGUUUCUACGUUCUCUGGGGCAUGGGCAUGCUAGGGGCUGGCGCUGCUGGCGAGAAAACGGACAAGGCAGCUUGGGUGAUAAUGGCGCUCUCGCUGCCACCAGGACGGUUAAGUAAAAGUUGACUUUGGGGAAAAUGGGGUUUUCGAAAGGAAAAGUGUUGAAGUUUUGAAUUUUUAGAUUUAACAGCACUGAAACUGUUGAAAUUGGUUCAACACUGUUGAAUCUCCUAUAAACACUAAUUCAACAGAGAUUUAACACUUUUCAACAGAGAUUCAACACUUAUUCAACAACUUCCACACUUCCACUGACUAUAGAUUCAACAGUGAUUCAACAGGGUUUCAACACGAUUCAACACUUAUUCAACAGUUUUUCAACAAUUAUGAACCUCUUUUCAACACUUUUCAACAAGGGUGAAAAGUAGACAAAUUGUUUAAGAAUAGGGGAACCUUCAAGUCCAGUUGACCCAAAAAUCCAACUUUUUCCACUUUUACUUAACCGUCCAGGCAUUUACUAUGC